UAAUGAAAUGCGUAGUGUUUAUAGUGUUUUCGGGUAGAGAUUCGAACAUCUUGCCUUGGGUGAAAGGGAAGCUCUCUGGCGCAGUGGAAUGACGUGCGACGAGGAAUUUUGACAACCAAAAUAUCCAGACGCAAAUAUAGGUAUGGACCAAACUAAAGGUAGGAGCUUACCUCCAAUGACUCGAAAAAACUCCGUGAGGCUCCUUGCAGCUAUGUUGCUGAGUCUCUUACUCCUCGUGGCACUUCAUUCCACUGCGCCAGAGAGCUUCCACUUCGAUCUACUUCGCCGCCUUCUUUCACCCAAGGCAAGAGCUCCUCCAGCCAGUUCACGGGACGCGCAAGUGAUCCUCCAGCGUGUGUCUGAGAAUGGAACUAGACCAUGCCACAAUAUCAGCACGGAAGCCGCUUACUUCUUCGGCCUUCCCAUGGAAGGAAACGGGGAGGAGAUGAUUACCUUGUCCACGGAAGUCUCCCACAAGUUUUGGAUAGUCUCGUACGCAGCAGACGGAAGCAGGAGAUGCCAUGGAGGAGAUUUCUACGAGAUUGAUCUCUCGGGUCACCAAUGGAAGUCACGGCCAUCAGUAACAGACCUUGGAGAUGGCUCUUAUCUCGUGGAGCUCAGAGUCGACGGAGAAUUCACGGGCAUCUACACGCUGAGGGCCAUUCUCUUGUACUCCAACUUCCACGGGAUGGAUCACUCCGCAACCGAAUGGGCUGUGGACAAGGAAGUGUUCCGCCUCCAAAUCCACUUCACUUCUUCUACUGGUGGCAGCACAAGGACUACUCUUCCACUAUGCACCAGCAGCGACUUCACCUCGAAAAAACCGUGGUUAGGCAAGUGGACCCGAACAAAGUUCGACGAGUCUUGCGCGCUCGACGAGGAUGGACGUUACCUUUGCCUAAGAGACGACGAGCAGUGCGACGAGAGCCAGUGCAGUGGAGCUCUCGAGCGCCUGGAGAGUAACGGAUGGGUGUACUCUGCGCACUGUAAGUUCCGGAUAUGGAGCACCACCGAGGCGUGGAAGUGCCUGGACGGGAAGAAGCUCUUCUUCUGGGGUGACUCUAACCACAGAGACACCAUUCGAAACCUCCUCAACCUUGUUCUUGGCAUGAAUGAAAUCAUCGAGCAGCGUUCCAUCAUCAUCAACGUCACAAACCCGGCAAACCCUGCACAAAAUCUACGCGUUUUUCAGAUUUACAACGGUGCUCCGGAUCCAGGAAAAGUUUUCCUAGGACUCAGGUCACUAGAUGAACCGGCUUACCUUGAGCUUGUCAAGAAGGAGUUUUUUCAAGGAGGAGUGCCGGACGCGGUGAUACUUAACUCGGGCCUCCAUGAUGGACACGCCUGGAAAAUCCCCGGGAGUUUGCCACAGCGGCCAAGACCGCUGCACUGUUCUGGAAGUCACUGUUGCGGGAGAGCAACAAAGCACGCGUGGUCUUCCGUAACACGGUCGCCGUGGCUGGAAGUAUAAGAGCUGAUCCCUCCAAUCCUCAAAAAAUGGAAGCUUUCAACUCGAUCUUGAGUGACGAGUUCCAGCGACAGUUCCGAGCUCUGGAGAACCUGGUCAUGUUUGUGGAUAACUAUGACAUGACUUUUCCUUGGCACUAUGAUCACUGCUGCAGCGAUGGGGGGCACUAUGGAGUUGCGCCUUCGUUGUCACCAUGGUUUGGCACGAUUGGCCACUAUUACUUUGUUGAUUUGGUGCUCAUUCAUGUGCUUCUUACCACCAUUUGCUCUUACCCUGGCAAAACAAAAGUUAAGACUGAUCAUAAGUGAGUUUCAACAAAAUGUUACCUCCAAUGUCAUCUCGACUGCCAGCUCCUCUAGGAAGCUAGGAUUUCAUUCUCUUAACGUCAGAUACACCAAAUCCAUAUAAAUGCUCAAGCUCAAGCUAAUUUCAAAGCA